GAAACUACAAAGUUGGUCAGUAUCUUCAUCUUCCAGGAAAUCUAAUCUAGUAUCUUUUUCUAGGCCUGUUAGAUCAAGAGUGUGAUGUUGCUUCAACAACAGCAAGAUGAAGCUCCUCCUCAAUGCCACUCCCCUAAGGUCUUGGUCAGUUUCGUCUUCAUCAUCUUGCUCAUUUUCCCAAUAGAAGCUAUCAGCGAGAGUGCUGAUAUGCAAUGGCUGUCACCAGACUCGAUGUCGCCCUUCACAAACAGCUCUUAUUACUAUGUUAACAGCUAGCCCUCUCUUAAAUAUCUGAAUAAG